GUACUGCCCAAUUUGUGGUUUUUGUUGCAUGUCUAUUAUUUUUAGACUCUCUCUCUCUCUCUAUCUGAUUCCUACCAUUUGGUAUUCGCUCUGCCAGAUAAUACGCCUUUCUGACAAUGUUGUUUGAGCUUUGCUUUCGUUUUUGUGUACAUGUGCGCAUUUCUGGCGGUUUUCCCUCCCACAGAGAUCUUGGAUUAGGGUUUUCCUCUCUGCUAUCCUUUCCUUUUCCCCCGCCUCCCAGAAAGAGAUCUAGGGCUAGGGUUUUGCGCCCUCCCGGCCCGGUCCUCUCCCCCACCCUCGCGUCGAGAUGUCCUCCACCUCCUGGCGCAGCGGCUACGGGACCAUCCCGACCGCCCCGGAGGCCGCCUCCACCUCCCGCGCCGCGGAGCUCUUCUCCCGGGCGAAGGAGCGGGGCCGGGCCCUCGUCGCCACCCGCCGGCCGUGGCGCGAGCUCGCGGAUCCCACCGCCUUCGGCCGCCCCUACAGCUGCGGCGAGGCCAUGGCCCGCCUCCGCCGCAACCUCGCCUACUUCCGCGUCAAUUACGCCCUCAUCGUCCUCUUCAUCCUCUUCUGCAGCCUUCUCUGGCAUCCCGUUUCCAUGAUCGUCUUCCUCAUCGUCUUCAUCGCCUGGUUCUUCCUCUAUUUCUUCCGCGACGAGCCUAUCGCACUCUUCGGCCGUGAGAUCGAUGAUCGCUUGGUUCUCCUCGCCCUCGCCGUCGUUACGAUCGUCGCCCUCGUGUUCACUCAUGUCGGAUUAAAUAUCCUGGUCUCGCUGAUCAUCGGGGCCGUGAUCGUGGGGUUGCACGCGGCAUUUAGGGUUACGGAGGACCUCUUUCUCGACGAGCAAGAAGCGGCGGGCCGGGGAUUGCUCUCGGUUGUCGGUAGUCCGAUUCGCCCUGCUUACGGCCGUGUGUGAUUCUUGUUUCUGAUGGCUUCUUGCGAUUGCGGAUUGAUUCGUGUUGCUUGUUAGGGGUCUAAUCGAUGUGGUUUUGAAGCAAAUUUUCCUGCCUGUAGGCUGUCGGCAAGCACCGACCGUCAUGCCAUCCUGGGAUAAGAGGUUGCGUUCUACUUCUCUUUCAUCUGAUUCUGGAUGUUUUGGCCCUUAUUCCUCGUCUUUUUAGAUAUCUUUGUAAAUGUUCUCAGCUUUUUGAACAAAAAAAGGAGAAAGAAAGUCGGAUUCAUCUGUUUCUCGCGGGCAAUUUUCAUGUCAUUGAAUGUUGAAUUAAGCAUGUAAAUUUCGUAGUUUUCUUGAAAUCUAGCCUUCUUUUGAGAUACAAUAUGUGGUUGGAUAUUUUGAUCAAUUUGCCGGAGCAAGUGCAUUUCUACGUGUUAGUUGUUCUUGUUGAGGUUGUUUGCAGAUUGCUUGACACCCUUUUAGCCCAUUCUCUUAUUAUUCCUUUUGUGAUCUGCCUUUUAGAAUAGGACAUCAAUGGGCUUUUGGAAACUAUGAUACUCUUAAAUGAUAUUGGUAAAAAACAUUUUGCAAUCACCUAUGCUAUAUGUUAUACCUAAAUGACGGUAUGGUGCUUACCUUUAAAGCCGUGUUCGCUUGAACAUCAUAAGUGGCCAUGUAGCCUUUCAAGCAUCUGCUUGAAUGUGAAAGUGGCAGUUAAUUUUGUCCAACCACUGGAAUCAUGAUCAAUGCUUAGUAUGAAUUAAUCAAUAUGAGAGAUAAUUAGAAAUGCUCAAUAUGAAUGAUCGCAUGUUUUGACUGUGUUUUUAUUCCAUUUAAUCUUGUUUCCUAUUAAGAAUUGUGUAGGUUUUUGCCUUAAAUAUAUCCAACCAUCAGUUAUAUUGGCGAAGAACGGCUUUGCUCCUCCCACCAAUUGAUUGACUAAACCACAUGGAUUCCUUCUCAUCCUCUCAAAACUUCUCUCCUUUUUAUUUUCUUGUUCAUCAUUGUUGUUUCUUCCUUUUCAUUCUUCAAUCUUUAAGCACCUAACUGAAACUCUCAUUUGUACCCUAUCUCGAACACUUAGACACACAAUUCUUUCUCAUCACCAUCAUCAACAGAUGCUACUUCUGUAUAUACUGUAACUGCUCACUUUUAUCUGUUUACUGAAAAAAAAAGUGUUAGGCUUACCUAACAUGAGCAACCUCUUAAAUCCCAGCAGCCCAGCCCCAAGCAAGUUUUUGACUGCCCAGAAGGCCCAAAAAACAGGCACAUGGGUGGCCCAAUAAAUAACUAAUAUUGGGUGGUUGGAUUUUUGGGGCCGGGUGUCCAAUAAUGUGCACCUAAGAAGAUUGUAAUCAACCCAACAGCUUAUAUAAGAAACUCCUUUCCCUUAAACCUGCCCCAAUAAACCUACCAUGUUAAGAGAGGGAGAUCAAGAAAUUGGCAGAUGGGGUGACCUGUUGGCUGUGGCAGAAAGGGGCAAACCAUGACCAGUGAUGGUUGCUCCGAUGGAUAUAUCGGCAGUGGUGCAGGUUGAUGGAUUUGAAGAAGCUUCAAAAUCCCCUAAUCCGACAUGACAGAAAACAGUACAAAGGCAGAAUUUGACCAAAAGAACUCAACUGAAAUGUUGCCUUGGAGUUCGAAUGGUGGGGUAUGCUAGUAUUGCAUCAGCGAUCUCUCAAUGUUUUUUAAGGAUAUUGAUGGGAAAAACUGAAAUGUUUUCGGAUGCAAGUUCCUCGUUUUUUCUUUUUUUUUUGUUGUUGUAAUAAUCAAGAAUUAAAGACUAGAUAUAAAAACUUUCAUCAGCUUUAUAAGCCUCUA